GGGUAUUUUGGUUUUGGUAGCUGGACUGGUUUUAAAAAGGAAUCUGAUAAAGAUCAGAUUCUAAUUGGACGACCAGACUAGCUACCGGUAAUUAUAUUCUUCCAUCAAACAAAGAUGGAAGGGUCCCGAGGUUGUAACGUCGUUCUUGUUUUAUGUUUCGUAUUUGCUACAAUGGUCUCAUUGUCGAUGGCUCACAAUCACAAUCCUGUUGUCGCCAUUAGACGGCCACAUGGUAAGAAAAUUAAACCCCAUGGAUGUGUGGCCUACAAUCCUAUCGACAGAUGUUGGAGGUGCGAUCGUCAUUGGGCUAAGCACCGAAAACGACUUGCUAAGUGUGCCAAGGGGUUCGGGCACGGGACCUAUGGUGGCAAAAAAGGCAAAAUUUAUGUUGUGACUGACUCGUCGGAUGAAAACGUAGUAUGCCCAAAACCGGGCACCCUCCGCCAUGCAGUCCUCCAACCCGAACCCCUCUGGAUCAUAUUCGGUAACAAUAUGAACAUCAGGCUCACCCAAGAGCUUAUUUUUAUGUCGGAUAAGACGAUUGAUGGGCGUGGGUUUGAUGUCCAUGUGUCGGGUGGGGCCGGUUUCAUGCUCCAAUUUGUUCACAAUGUGAUUAUCCAUGGUCUUCACAUGUAUGAUAUUGUCGAGGGGUCGGGUGGCAUGAUCAGGUCGAAACAUGAUCAUGUGGGAAUACGAGGAAGGAGCGAUGGCGAUGCGAUUUCCAUCUUUAGAUCCUCUCAGGUUUGGAUUGACCAUUGCUCAUUUGCUAGCAGUUACGAUGGUCUUAUUGAUAUUGUUGCAGCUUCCACUAAUAUAACCAUUUCAAAUUGCCACUUUGUCAAGCAUGAUAAGGCUUUGCUGUUUGGUGCAAGUGAUAAGACCCCAGAGGACAAGAUACUAAAGGUGACACUUGCUUACAACCACUUUGGAAGAGGACUAACCCAACGGCUACCCGCGGUGCGAUUUGGGUUUGUUCACGUGGUGAACAACGACUACACAAGAUGGAAAAUGUACGCCAUCGGAGGUGCUGACGGCCCCACCAUCAUCAGCCAGGGAAACCGGUUCGUGGCAGCUGAUGGCGCGUGCAAGGAGGUCACAAAAAGGAUGCUAGUCACAGAAAAAAUAUGGCGUAAGUGGACGUGGAGAAGUGAAGGAGAUUUGUUGCUAAAUGGUGCAUAUUUUCGGCAAUCUGGAAACCCUCAUUGGGCUAAAAGAUAUAAGGGUUACCCAUUGAUUAAGGCGCUACCGGCGAAGCAUGUGCCACAUCUUACGUUGUUUGCCGGUGCCUCGCUUAAUUGUAAGGUGGGUAGACCAUGUUAGCCAUGAUGUUUUUUUAAGAGUAGGAAGGAUUGGUAGGUUUUAAGAUUGAUGUAUACUAGUGACAUGUGUACAGUUUUCUUGUAACUUCGAUUUUGAAUUA